AUGGUUAGUGAUGAGAGUUUUGUAGCUCUUGUGCACUAUAGAGAGUCCAUUAAGAAGAAAACGCGAUCAGGAAUUAAGUUCACUGAUAAGGACCCGCUGAGUGUUUUUCUCAAACUUUCGACAAGUUUCGCUGAGUUUAAGAAUACUAUACUCCAGAGACUAGGACUGCAUGGUGUGAAACGGGCGGAGAAGUUGUUCUAUCGAAUUCCGAUUUCCGUGUUAUGCGAUGAUGUGUUGUUUCAUUGUCGCCGUCAGUUUCUUGAGGUGAGGACUCCGGAGUUGUUGGCAAAAGUUGUGGAUGUGGCAUCUAGUUCUGGAGGCUCGAACAGGAAUAUGCACUCCACAGGACAUCUAGCCAUCUCUAGUGCAUUGCUUGUUGGAUCCUUGUCAGCAGUGCCGGUGAUUGCACCCGAGCCAGAUUUAGUGGCUUCACCAUCGUUUGCCGUCAAUUUGAAUCAAAGUUGUGAUGCGUUAGUUGGCGAGGCUGGACCGUUGGGAGACGGUGCUUGCGCGGUGCCCAAUUCUCCUCCAUGUGUUUCGGUAUUUGGAGGGGUUGAGGAUGCAUUGCAGGAUGAUGAUGAUGAUGAUGAUGUGGAGCCCGCAACGGUUACUGCGGAUGAUAGAGAGGAGAAGACACCAUGGACGACUCCACCUAAAGAUCCCUCUGUAUCUGUUGGCUUCGGGGCAAGAGACUCGCAAAAUGCAAGAGGUGUAGCUGAAUUUCAGGUCGGCCAGCAGUUUCAUGAUAAAGAGGAAGUCGUUCUUAGCGUGAAGAGCUAUAGCAUUCGCCGCGGGGUUAAGUACAAGGUAUUGGAGUCGGAUCACCGCAAGUACUAUGGCAAGUGCAAGGAGUUCGGGAGCGGGUGCGUAUGCUAA